GAAUUGGGGAAGGCAUCCUCAGACCACCAGGCUGUUGAGAACAGAGCUCUCUCUCCUAUGACAGAGGGGAAGUGGAGGGAGGUCAGGGGUCAUGAUUCACACCAUGGCUUCCAGCUGAUAAACAAGUGGAAGCUGAAUACUCCACAUAUAAACCUAGCCUCAGCUAUCGCAACUGUUACGCGUGCAGAGGAAGCUUCACUUGGAUUUUUAUUUCAGUAGCAAGGCCUGUUGGGAGACCAAGAUUACAACUGAAAGGUUUUCACUGGGAUCUUGAAUAUGAGUGGGAAAAGGAUGAAGGUGAUGCUUGUCGUUGUGUGCCUGUUAGGAGCAGUCUUUUCUAACCCGAUUUUUCAAAACAAUAUCUUCAAUGAAAUUACAACAGAGGCGAACUCAAUUGUCAAUGCUACAUUGGUUGGAGACAGUGUUUCUGAAAAUAAGAUUGUCCGACUGGAUGAGCCAGCCCCGCAGACGAACACUUUGCAGACCCCAGCUCCAGUACCAAAUUCCUCUUCGUCUGAGAGCUCUGAAAGUGUUGAGUCUGAGCCUGAUAGCUCUUCAGAAAAUACAUCUGAAGAUACGACAUCAGAGGAGAGUGUACGCAAUAUUCUGGAAGUGAGAGAUCCUGACGGGAACGGCGAUAUGAGAGACGACAGCCGGGGCAGCGAGGAGGACAAUCGGAGGAAAUGGAUGCGGUUCUACGGGAUUAACCUGAAGAGUGCGGAGGACAGCUCGAUCAGCCGGGCGAGCAGCCCGGAGAGCAGCCCGGAGAGCAGCCCACAGAGCAGCCCGGAGAGCAGCCCGGAGAGCAGCCCAGAGAACAGCGACAGCUCUCAAAGCAACAGCUCCAACAGGAGGGCGACGCCACAGAGCUUGCUCCUCUUUCUGUGCGCCGGCGGUGUGGACACGGUGGACUGCAGAAGCACUGAGUCCACUGAAGGGGAGGGCAAAUUCGGAAUCGGGGGUCCUUGAUCACGCGUAGAAGGAAACUCGUUUGUGGUGAUUGCCUCCUACGGAAUGCCACAGAUACGAUAAACACGCACGUGCAUUCACGCUCACACACGUGCACACGCACGCACACGCACAGCAUGUCUUUAAUAGACCGAGGAUCAAAACUUCAGACACGUUUACAGAAAACGAAAAAUGAUAUGGCACUAACAGAUGAUUUUUAUUACCAGCGUACGCCUAAAGUUAUUUCAUUUUUUUUAAACAAUGUUGCCGCAAUGUUAUGAAUAAAAGGCCUCUACAUUGUUUUUUUUUUGUUUUGUUUUUUGUUUUUUUUACCACCCUAAACCACAAUGUUCCACCUACAGUUAAUAGGUUUUUCCACAUUAAAACCUGUUCCGAAGCCAUGUCUGUGAUCUGACGACAUGUCUCGCUCAUUUCCCACAAAGUUCUUGCACGUUGUUGAAUAGUGUUCUUUUUUUCAAUUUUGUUUUGUUUGAAUUGUCUUGCCUCGUAAUAUUUAUUGUAUUGCCUGUUGUUACUCAGCUGGAGCUGAAUGCACAACUAUUGAGUCGCAAGUUAAGUUAUCUAAUCAUUGUACUAUACUAUUAUGCUGUACUAUACAUCACAUAUGUACUAUACUGUAUAUAAAUGAGCAAAUAAAUGUAGCUCCGCCCUCUC